CAGACAGGAAGCAGCCUUGAAGUACUGCCAAAAAAGAUGUCUGAGCUGAGGGUUGUUCUGCUGGGGAGCAGCCGGACUGAGAAAAAUAAAGUGGGAAAUCUCUUACUGGGAGAGACUGUGUUCACCAGUAAAACUAAAGCGUGUGUGAGAUUUAGUGGUACAGUAGAGGGCAAAAAAAUUGCUGUCAUCAACACCCCCUACCUGCCUCCUCUCAAAACCUCCCGCCAUGAUCUGACAGAGUUUAUAAAAGACUGUGCAAAACACUCUUCUCCUGGACCUCAUGUGUUCCUGCUGCUUGUACAGCCUGAAAAAUUUACAGAAGAACACAAACGGAGACUCUGCAGAGUCCUUCAAGGUUACAGUGAUCAAUCAUUUGAUCAUUCACUGAUACUGACCUCAGCACCCAGAGAGGAGAGCUCAGGUUCUGUUGAAGACUUCAUGAAAAGUCCAGCAUUAAAUGAAAUGAUAAAAAAAUGUAAAUGCAGAUACUUGAAGAGGAGCAACGUUGAACUUCCAGAGCUGUUAACACAUUUGGGGGAAAUUACAAAGGACAACAAUGGAGAGCAUGUCAGCUAUGAAGCUUUUGAGGACACAGAACAGGAUUUAUCAGAAGAUCAACAACCCCCCCCCAAAAAGGAGACGAAGACUCCAAUCAUUGAUGCUGUUAAAGCUGCAGGAUUGCCCAAUAAAUCAAAACUAAUCACUCCUCAAGUGUCUGGAAAAACACCUUUGACCAACA